CACAUGAACAUUUACAGUGUUCAUAGAGGCAAAAUAAUUCUGACAGUUUUAUUUUGUGUUCUAGAGCGAAAUGUCAUCAGUGGAGUCGCACCAGGAACAACUGUCUCAGUCAGAUCCAUCCCCAUCCCCAAACUCCUGUAGUUCUUUUGAGCUGAUAGACAUGGAUGUUGGCAGCUCUUACGAACCAGUUUCUUCCCACUGGUUUUAUUGUAAGAUAAUAGAUUCUAAGGAGAUGUGGAUUCCUUUCAACUCCGACGAUUCACAGCAGCUGGAAGAGGCACAUGGCUCUGGCAAAGAUUGCAAUGAGAGAGUUGUUCCCACCGAAGGGGGCAGAUACGAUGUUCACCUGGGGGAGAGGACGCGGUAUGCCGUGUACUGGGACGAGCCGCCUUCGGAAGUGAGGCGGUGCACGUGGUUUUACAAGGGAGACAAGGACAAUAAAUACGUUCCCUACUCAGAGAGUUUCAGCCAAGUUUUGGAGGAAACGUACAUGCUUGCUGUAACUCUGGAUGAAUGGAAAAAGAAAUUAGAAUCUCCAAACAGAGAAAUUAUUGUAUUACACAACCCAAAGCUCAUGGUGCAUUACCAGCCAGUUGCAGGGUCUGAUGAAUGGGGUUCAACCUCCACAGAGCAAGGGCGACCAAGAUCAGUAAAGAGAGGCGUUGAGAACAUCCCUGUUGAUAUUCACUGUGGUGAACCUUUACAAAUAGAUCACUUAGUUUUUGUGGUACAUGGGAUUGGACCAGCUUGCGAUCUCCGUUUUCGAAGCAUUGUUCAAUGUGUUAAUGAUUUCCGAAGUGUUUCCUUGAACCUGCUACAGACACAUUUUAAGAAAGCCCAAGAAAAUCAGCAGAUUGGAAGAGUAGAAUUUCUUCCAGUCAAUUGGCACAGUCCUUUGCAUUCUACUGGGGUGGAUAUAGAUCUGCAGCGGAUAACCCUGCCCAGCAUUAACCGCCUCAGACACUUCACUAAUGACACAAUUCUGGAUGUCUUCUUUUACAAUAGUCCCACUUACUGUCAGACCAUCGUGGACACAGUAGCUUCUGAAAUGAACCGAAUAUAUACACUUUUCCUGCAGAGGAACCCUGAUUUCAAAGGGGGUGUAUCCAUUGCUGGUCAUAGUUUAGGUUCGCUUAUAUUGUUUGAUAUCCUAACAAAUCAGAAAGAUUCUUUUGGGGAUAUUGACAGUGAAAAGGGUUCAUUAAGAACUGUUGAGGAUCAAGGAGAUGUGCCAACAUUAGAAGAAGAUCUGAAGAAACUUCAGCUCUCUGAGUUCUUCACCGUCUUUGAGAAAGAGAAAGUCGAUAAGGAAGCUCUGGCUUUAUGUACAGAAAGAGAUCUUCAGGAAAUGGGAAUUCCCUUAGGACCAAGAAAGAAGAUACUAAACCAUUUCAGGACCAGAAAAAACUCAAUGGGUGUUAAUAGACCAUCCACACCAGCUUCAGAGGUGAACGUCCCCAAGGAGAAUGGUGACUAUCUAGAUGUUGGCAUUGGGCAGGUGUCUGUAAAAUACCCCCGGCUCAACUACAAACCAGAAAUAUUCUUUGCUUUUGGAUCUCCCAUUGGAAUGUUUCUUACUGUCCGAGGAUUAAGAAGAAUUGAUCCUAAUUAUAAAUUUCCCACAUGCAAAGGUUUCUUCAAUAUUUACCAUCCUUUUGAUCCUGUAGCGUAUAGGAUUGAACCAAUGGUGGUCCCGGAAGUAGACUUUGAGCCAAUGCUGAUCCCACAUCAUAAAGGCAGGAAGCGGAUGCACUUAGAACUAAGAGAAGGCUUGACCAGGAUGAGUAUGGACCUGAAGAACAACUUGCUGGGUUCACUGCGGAUGGCCUGGAAGUCUUUCACCAGAGCUCCAUACCCUGCCUUACAAGCUUCAGAAACAGCAGAAGAAACUGAGGCAGAACCUGAAUCAAGUUCGGAAAAGUCCAGUGUUAACCCAGAAGAGACGCCCGUGGAAGUUAAAGAAGAGCUUCCGAUCAACGUGGGAAUGCUGAAUGGCGGCCAGCGCAUCGACUACGUGCUGCAGGAGAAGCCCAUUGAGAGUUUCAAUGAGUAUUUAUUUGCUUUACAGAGCCAUCUGUGUUACUGGGAAUCUGAAGAUACAGUAUUGCUGGUUCUCAAAGAGAUCUACCAAACCCAGGGUAUCUUCCUUGAUCAGCCUUUACAGUAAAAAUGGCUCGACUCUGGCUGCUUAAUAUGGACACCGAGGGAGCCUUCCUGAAAUGUGCCUGUUGCUGCGGCCACGUCAUGUCCUGCAUGUUGCCUGCCUCACUCCACGGGAUCUUGAGAAGAAAAUCCGUUUGUAAAUGAGUGGAAAGCAAAAGGAAGACUCAUUGCUUUGUAAAAACACUCACUAGUUUUUGUAGCUAAGGAGUUUACAUCUUUUAAUGCUUUAACAGCAGACCUUCCUUAUUUCAUACAUGGAAAGGAAUACAGUCUGUUUAGGGGGCCUAGACAACUUUGAGGGAGGUUUACUCCUUACCUUUAGAAAGUGGACCAGCUUGGGUGUACAGUCUUAAGAUUCAGAGGUCCUUAGGGUCCAGUCAUUCUGUGUCCUCCGCACUGGAAGGCUAAGCGUAAGUGGACAUGGAAAUACUGCUCGUUUGAAGUCAGCCUUUCUUUCCGGUGGCCAGUCUAGGAAGACAGGACUAGUUACUAAAAUCGUUUGCUCUGAACACUGUCAGCUAGGCUCUCUAGGAACCACUGGUGCUGUUGGCUGUUUUCACAACUCCUGAGCUUCUGUAAAUGUGAAGGUUGUAUGAAUCGUAUGCCUGCCCUUUUAUAGCGUGUUCCAAACUGGGGUGAGAUGUAAGGAAUUAUUGGAUAAUACUCAUCUUAGAGGUGAAGCUGUAAGAGUCGGUCCAUUACCUGGCCUUUCCCAGCUGUUCCUGUCGUAAAGGAGAUCUUUUGGUAGCACCAACCGAGGCUGCCUGCUACUUCCAGCCGAGUAAAGGAAGUAUUGUGAUGUGAACAUCCUUCUGACGUCUUUGAGGUUUCGUCCCAAUGUUUAAUUUACUUAGAGUUGGCAGUCUGUUAGUUGUGCACACAGGCUAGCCCAGGGAGAGCCCAUAUUCUGAAAGAAACCCUCUUCACAGGGUCUGAGGAGCAGCUGUGUGCUGUAGCUGGAUCCAGAGAAAUGAAGUCGAGUUCUCUCGGGGAACUAAGUUUUUCCCAGGGUGUCUGCUUUCGUCUUUCCUCCCCUUCUUCAGCAUGUUCCGGCAUCUCUGUUCUCUUGAGGACGGCGCUGCAUGCUCCUCAGACGACCUCAGAGUUCCACAGCUCUUCACAGAGUGGCAGAGGAAGAAGCUAUGUUGGGAUUUCUGUCUUUUUUUUUUUUUUUUUUUUUUUUUUUGUAAACCUAUCAUGGUAUCAGAAGCUCUGCAUGUACUCCUCACUGAAGCCACCCCUCAGACAGCUGCGGUCUUUACCCUUGUUGGUCCAGAAAAGGAGAGGUUAAUCACUGUGCCCUGGAGGUUACAGAGGCAAGCCUGGCCUUUCUCUGCUUAUGGACAAGGCUGGAGAAGCAAGCUACUGAGAAGUUCCAGGUGUAUGGAAUCUUUUUUUUUUUUUUUUUACACUCUCUCUUGAGUAGGAAUUACUGAGAAUGAAAUAGCAUUCAUUAAAUACUAAAGGGUUUUUGUCAAGUUGCUGUCUUCAGAUUUGUUUACUCUUGUUAGCAGAAUCAUUACUACUUCAGAGUAAACCAAAGUACAACCAAGAAGGAGUUCUUGUAACCAAAGAUGGGCAGCUUGGCCCCAGAGCGCUAGCUAAAGCGCUGUACUCUGACAUGCUUCUUCCCGGCAGUCCGGCACACAGUCAUUAGAAAGAGCUCGAACCUCGCCAUCCACUUGUGGUGUUACUAUGCUGUGUUGUGCAAGUGAGGAAGGUGGCGAGGAGCCUGUGUUCACUGGACGCUGUUCACCCGCAUCAUGCGUAUCAUGUAGUCUCUUGACCGAGGCAAGGCUGGUGUGUAAACUCGAGCCUAACAGCAUCUGUACAGAUUCCUGGCUGCAGACUCAGUGAGAGAUUGUUUCAAGGGAAGAUGAAUAGCACUGAUCACCUUGCUGAUAUUUUGCACUUUUGAAAUGCUUGUUUUAUAUGUGAUUAUAUUUAAGACUUUAGUAAAUGCUGAAAUAAAACUAUUGACCAGUUACUUUCA